UUUUCAAUGUUUGCCCUGCGCAGCUACAUCACGGUGGAUGAGGAGAAGGGCCGAGCUCUGUUUUACAUUCUGGCUGAGGCCCCCGGAUCCGCACCCUCCUCCUCCUCUUCCUCCUCUGCUACCUUAGACGCUACCUCGGACGCUAGCUCCGGAACCAGCAAGCCCUUGGUACUGUGGCUGAACGGAGGGCCUGGCUGCUCGUCCAUUGGUGGCGGCUUCAUGACUGAGCUGGGGCCCUUCUUCCCACUGCCCGGGGGCAGGGAGCUGCAGCGCAACCCGCACUCCUGGAACCAGUUCGCCCACAUGCUGUUUGUGGAGAGCCCCGCGUUCGUGGGAUUCAGCUACUCCAACUCCACGGAAGAUGCCGUCGUGGGUGACGCCCGCACAGCCGCUGACAGCCGCAUCUUCAUGCUGCGCUUUCUGGAGCGGUUUCCGCGGUUUAGCAACACCCCCUUUUACGUGUCCGGUGAGAGCUACGCAGGCCACUAUGUGCCUAACCUGGCUCUAGCUAUUGUGGAGGGAAACAAGGUGGCCGCGGCUUCGGGAGAGCCCAAGAUUAAUUUGCAGGGAUUCCUGGUUGGCAACCCAUGGACAGAUGCGGCUAUUGAUAACAUGGGCGCUGUUGAUUACUGGUGGACUCAUGCAUUGAUCAGCGAUCAAACUGCUCAAGGCGUCCGAGCCAACUGCAACUUCUCCCGCAUUGGUACGGCCUUUGACGAGCUGGGUUCCAUAAAUAUUUACGAAAUCUAUGCGGACCUGUGCGAUGAGCCACCCACAUCGUACAAAAUGAUUCGGAUGUCGUACUACCCUGGCGACGGCUCGAAUUCCGAGUACGACCCGUGUAUUGAUGAUGAGACAGAGGACUAUCUGAACCUGCCAGAGGUUCAGCGCGCUCUCCACGCCAAUCAGACGGUCAAACUUCCUUGGCGAUGGACUGACUGCACGCGGUCCAUCACGUACUCCAGGGAGGACCUGCUUUCGUCGAUGCUGCCCGUGUACGAACGUCUGCUGCAGGCCAAUCUCCGUAUUCUGGUGUACAGCGGUGACGUGGACGGUAUCGUGCCGGUGGUGGGCACUCGCCGCUGGGUGACGACACUACGACUCCAGGAAAAGGAGGCGUGGCGGCCCUGGUUCAGCGGCAGCCAAGUGGGCGGCUAUGUCGUACAGUAUGCGGGCCUUACGUUUGCCACAGUACGUGGUGCCGGCCACAUGGUGCCGUACGUACAGCCUGUACGAGCGGCCCACAUGGUUCGGGCUUUCCUAGCAGGAGAGCCGCUGUGAUGUACGACAGGCCCACCGACGCAAUAACCCACCGACUUACCACUCCGGGCCUUCUGGGCACAUGAUAAAAUACCGUUGACUCCCAACCACUGAACUACCAUAACCGUCAAAACCGCCAAGUGGAUGGACGGCGUGUUUGACCUAACUCUUUAUGCUGACGUACGUACACAGACAUGCAUCCACAAACACACACACACACACACACACACAUUCUCAAGCGUGCGCCAGCCACUCCACCUCGCCCGAGUCCUGCUCAUGGCUUGGAGUGACCCAAGUGCAAGGAGGCCAGAUGUAUCCAUUGGAUUUUGAUGAUUGAUGGUGGAUUGUGGUGGUGGAUUGUGCGAUAUCGGUAGGGACAUGUCUGGGCCGCCAUCAAUAGCGGCAUCAGUAGCAGCAGUAGGAGCUGGUAAUAGUAUAUAAGAGUAUAUUUCCCCCCCCCCCCCAACAGCAAACAGGCUUUCCACCUUUCAGUGUUGGAGCCGCCCUAGUUAGUUGUACCCAACUACCCAGC